AUGUAUUUCUCCUCCGAAAACUGGGCUGGCGCGCAUCCAGCAAUUUCGGCGGCCCUGUCAGCGCAUGCAACCGGUUUUGCCUCCGCUUAUGGUACUUCUGACCUUGAUCGAGAGGUCGAGCGUCGUUUCAGUGAGAUCUUCGAGCACGAUGUCGCAGUGUUUUACGUUUCCACGGGCACUGCAGCCAACGCCCUGGCGCUCACCGUGGUAGCCAAACCUGGUGGAGUAGUUUUCGCACACCGUGAUGCGCAUAUUGUCGUCACCGAGGGUGGUGCACCGGAAUACUUGUCGGGACAAUUGCGCUUGGCCACCGUGGACGGUAUGCACGGCAAGAUCAAUGCUCACCGGCUCCGGCGACAGGUCAAGGAGUUGGCGGAUGGUGACGUCCACGGUGGCCGCCCGGUCGCCAUCUCCGUCAGCCAAAGUACCGAGUCUGGAGCGGUCUACUCAAUGGCAGAACUUGACACGAUCUCUGCCGUGGCCAGGGACUUUAAUCUUGCGCUGCACAUGGAUGGCGCCCGGUUUGCUAAUGGCCUCGCCACGCUGGGCUGUAGCCCGGCCGAGAUGACCUGGAAACGUGGUGUUGACAUGCUCUCCUUCGGAGCAACCAAGAAUGGCUGCUGGUGCGCUGAAGCAGUCGUCCUAUUCGACCCGGCCAGUGCAAAAGCCGGCGAGUUCAUUUACACGCUCAAACGCUCUGCGCAAUUGUUCUCCAAGACUCGUUUCAUCUCUGCGCAGUUGAAGGCAUAUUUCAGCAAUGACCUGUGGCUCACUGUCGCGCAACAAUCCAAUUCGAAGGCGAGACUGCUUGCUGAGGCGUUUGCCGGUUUGGAUCCCAGUCACGCUCGCCUGGCCAGAAAGCCCGAGACGAGCGUCGUCUUCUGCGAAUGGCCCCAAUCUCCCGGAUUCGAAGAUACCGCAGAUGACGAACAGCUUUGCCGUUUUGUCACAUGCUUCGCCACGACGUCCGAGCACAUUAUUUGCUUCCGUGACGUGCUACAUGCAGCCGCCAUCAAGCUUCAACCCUGA